AUUUUAGUUUCCUGCAAAUAAUACACAGAGCUCAACUCAAGUCUGCGCUCUCUCCUUCUCUCUCAUCACAGGCACACAGCGAAGAACAAGCAAAUCAAUUUCUGCAAUUGUCUCUUCAAUUCAUGAAUUAUAUGCAUUUUAUCUGAUUUUUCAAGUUGCCGAGACAGUGAAUUCAGUUUGUAGAGAUCCCUAUAGUUAUGGGGAUCUCGUUUAAGGUCUCCAAAACCGGUAGGCGGUUUCGCCCGAAACCGGUGCCGUCAACCGCCGCCGUUUUACGCGCCGACGAUGAGGAAUUGAACGAUGCGCCAAUUGCUGUGUCGAAGCCCAGAACUGAUGCCAUUUCGGUGUCUGCUCGGAAGCUGGUAGAGGCCAGGGAGCACAGGGGAAUAACUAAAAUUGGCGAUAAUGAAGUUUCGUUCACUCUUAAACUUUUUCCGGAUGGAUAUUCAGUUGGGAAACCUGUUGAGAAUGAAUCUGGAAAUCAGACAUCUAUUGAUGUACCAAAGUUCUUGCAUCCAUAUGAUAGAGCAUCUGAGGCUCUUUUUUCGGCAAUUGAAUCUGGUCGAUUGCCGGGAGAUAUUCUGGAAGAUAUACCAUGCAAAUAUAUUGAUGGGACACUUAUCUGUGAGGUGCGAGAUUAUCGGAAGUGCUUUCCUGAAGGAGUUAAUGUGACUUCUGGCGAAAGCUCACCUGCAAUUAACAGAGUGUCUCUUAAAAUGUCGCUAGAAAAUAUAGUGAAGGAUAUUCCAGCUAUUUCAGAAAAUGGUUGGACAUAUGGUGAUCUAAUGGAGGUGGAGUCUAGAAUUUUGAAAGCUAUACAACCGCAACUUUGCCUAGAUCCAUCCCCACAGCUAGACAAACUAUCAGAAGAUCCAGUUCAAAAUAAGUUGAAUUUAGAACUACGCAGCAUGCGAAGGAAAAGAUUGAGGCAGAUUUCUGAAGCUAAUAACCAUGGAAAGAAGGCAAGCCUUGAUAGAGUUCCGGAAAGUUCUAGGUUGGGAGAUACAGGAACUUUAGUGCAGCAACUUGCCUAUGAGAAUACGAACAGUCAAAAUAAUGUUUCGAGUGCUAUGCUUCAACUAAGGAGCAAUAGCUUUGGGUCAGAUGGUUCUCUUCUGCCCUCACCUAUGGCUCCUUACCAGUCAAAAUAUAGUGGAGGUGGAAGCCCGAGAAUGAUGAAGGAUCAGCGGACAGGAGCACUUUUGAAUGCAUCUGUAGGUUCUCCUGGUGGGCAGGACAUGAUGAUCCCUUUCACUGAUAACAUUGCUGCUUCUCUUCAUGGCAAGAGGGAAAAUCCAGAUGGACAAUCAUCUCCAUUGACCAACAAGAAGGCUAGGAUUGCGCAUACAGGUGCUGAGGGGAAUAUGCAGCAUUUAGGUUCGCAGAUGGAUACUUUACAUGGAUCUGAGUUGCACUGGAAGAACACAUUAAUGCAGCAGCAGUCAAUUGGAAGAGGAAUGCAGUAUGCUAACAAUGGCAUGCAAAAGUUCCCUCAGCAGGUAUUUGAAGGGGGUCUAAAUCAGGAAGGAGGGCAGAUGCCGUUCACUGUUGGACAGCAAGGAAUAAGAUACAACAUGAAGGAAGAACCAGUCGAGACAGAUAGAUUGGACAAACCAGAUGGUCGUGUGGCCAUGGGAGAAACAGAAUUAACAAAUAUUGACUCCCAGCAGUCACGGUUGCAGCAAAGGAUGCCACAUCAGAUGAUGAGAUCCGGCUUCCCUCAGUCUCCAUGGAACAAUCUUGGACAGCCUCUUGAUAAUAAUUCUAGAAAGGAGGACCCUUUCCAGAAGAGAAAAUUGGUUCAGAGUCCUCAUGUUUCUGGUGGAGGCUUACCUCAAUCUCCUUUGUCGUCAAGAUCUGGAGAAUUUUCUAGUGGUUCUAUGGGGCAUCAAUUUGGAGCUGUUGUAACUAGUGGGCUCGUAUCAUCACAAAAGGAGAAACCUGCAGUCACAUCUGUUGGUGUUGGUGGCAACCCGUCUUUCACUUCAAGUGCUAAUGACUCUGUGCAGAGGCAACAUCAUGCACAGGCAGCUGUAAAACGCAGAUCUAAUUCUCUUCCUAAGACCCCUGCAAUAAGUGGAGUUGGAUCUCCAGCAAGUGUCGGCAAUAUGAGCUUACCAAUAAGUGCAAGCAGCCCUCCUGUUGGAGGUCAGGCUUUGGGUGAUCAGACCACAUUGGAGAGAUUCUCGAAGAUAGAAAUGGUGGCUAUGAGGUUUCAACUUAAUUGCAAAAAGGGUAAGGUGGAUGAGUAUCCUAUCAGGAAGCCUACAUAUUCAGCUCAACAGCUGAUGUCUUAUUUCUCGAGUGAUUCAGUCAAUGAGAAUUUGAAAGAUGAAACAUGUCAAAUGCCACUGUCAAAGUCCCUGGUUGGUGGCAGCAUGAAUGUUUGCAAGACCAGGAUUUUGAACUUUAUCCAGACAGAGCGCAUUCUUCAAGGUAAUAGCUUACAAGUUGUUCCAAAGUCCAGGACUAGGAUGAUCAUGUCGGAGAAACCAAAUGAUGGUGCUGUCGCAAUUCAUAUAGGGGAAAUAGAGGACACUGAAUACUUGGCUGCAGAGGAUUACCUUCCAACAUUGCCAAAUACUCAUAUGGCCGACCUACUUGCAGCGCAGUAUUCUUCACUGAUGACACGGGAAGGUUAUCACAUGGAGGAUCUCGUCCAACCAAAACCUGUUCGGAUGAAUCCUAACUCAGGGGCCCAGCCUAGUACUCCGGGAAUUUCUCCCACCAAUGCAGCACCUGAGAUGCAGCAGUUUUCUGAAGGUGUUUCCAUGCAACAAUCGAGCGAUGUUGCAAAACCUAGUAAUAGUGGUAAUUCAACCCCAUCGCAGAACCUACAAGGCCAAAGGAUGCUGCCUCCAGGAAGUAAUCAGGCGAUUCAAAUGUCUCAAGGACUUCUACCUGGUGUUUCAGUGUCUUCAAGGCCUCAACAAUCUGAACAACUGCCGCCUAUGCAACAGCAACCUCAACAGCCACAGCAGCAUCCCCAGUUCCAAAGGAUGCUCCCAACGAACUCGAUGCAGCAUCUGAAUAACAUAGCUCAGAAUGCUAGUAUGCAGUUGGGACCUCAUACGACAAGCAAGACUACAGCUCUUCAAUUUCAGCUGAUGCAACAGCAGCAGCAGCAGCAAUCGCAACAUCUUCAGCCACAGCAGCAGCAGCAGCAGCAGGCAGCAAUGCAGAGAAAAAUGAUGCCUGGCCUUGGAAAUGUUGGCAUGGGCAAUAUUGGCAAUAAUAUGGUGGGGCUUGGAGGCUUGGGUAAUGUCAUGGGAAUUGGGGCUAGGGGUGUGAGUGGAUCGGGUAUUUCUGCACCGAUGGGGUCUAUGUCAAACAUAGGAAACAUGAAUCAGAACCCCAUGAAUCUGACUUCUGCCACAAGUUUUGCUAAUGCCAUUAGAACCGGGGGGCUUACACAGCCGCAGGCAGCUUUCAUGAAAAUGAGGAUGGGAAACCAAAACAGAAUGAAUAUGUUGGGGAACCCACAAUCAAGUAUUGGAGGCAUACCCGGAGCUAGACAGAUGCAUCCAGGAUCUGGUCUUUCCAUGCUCGGCCCCGCUCUAAACCGGGCCAAUAUGACCCAGAUGCAACGUACAGCUAUGGGUCCACCGAAGGUACCAGGAAUGAAUCUUUACAUGAACCAGCAGCAACAACAACAACAACAACACCAACUUCAGCAGCAGCUGCAGUUGCAGCAGCAGCAACAGCAACUGCAGCUACAGCAGCAGCAGCAGCAGCAACAGCAACAGCUGCAGCAACAGCUGCAACAACAGCAACUACAGCAGCAGCCGCAGCCACAGCAGCAAGAAACAACAUCACCACUGCAAGCUGUUGUUUCGCCUCCACAAGUUGGAUCACCUUCAAGCGUGGGGAUUUCCCACCAAAUGAAUCAGCAACAGCAACAGCAGGCCAGCCCCCAGCCAAUGAGCCAGAGAACUCCAAUGAGCCCACAACUGAGUUCAGGAGCCAUUCAUCCGAUGGGUGCUAGUAAUCCAGAAGCCUGUCCAGCCAGUCCUCAGUUGAGCUCACAGACCAUGGGCUCAGUCGGUAGUAUCGCAAACUCUCCAAUGGAGCUGCAGGGUGUCAAUAAAAGCAACUCUGUGAAUAAUGCUUAGUGCUGAUGAGUUUCUCCAUCUUCAAUUAGGCCUCGUGACAACCAGGUAAGGCGUAUGUAAUUGGUCAAAAUGAGAAGUCGAAAUUGGAAUCGAGGAGCAUUGAUAAUUGAUUGUGUGCCCGUUUAGCGAAUAAAACAUAGAAUGAAGAAGCCCUUUUUAGUGGGAGAGAGUACAUAAUUCCUUUUCUCUUCAAAGAUGAAUGUGGUAACUGAUAGAAAUACUUAUGUUGUAAAGCUGGGAGAUAUCAUGCUUAUUGUUGGACUAGGCUGAUUUUGUUUAUUCGAUUUUAUGUAUUAAGUAGUAGAAGUUGGAGUAUUACAUUAACUUUGUUUAAGCUGUUA